AUGGUCACAAGGUGUCACAGGUGCCUUGAUUAUGGUCAUAUAGACAGUGAUUGCCAAGCAAUGGAUAGGUCAGCUGCGUGCUUCAAGUGCGGAGAAGCUGGCCAUAAGGCAGCAAAUUGUAAGAAGAGCCCAUGCUGCUUCUUAUGCAAGGCGAAGUUCGGCGAAAAGGAGAAUAUCCAACACGUCGCUGGAUGCCAAGAAGACUUUGUCAAGGACAAGAAGGAAAUAAGGCCAGAAGAAGAACGGCAUGGAAGAGUUGCGUCAGAGACUAAAUGGGACCAUUCAUCUGCGAAGUCUGAAGCCACUAGGUAG